CUCUUGGCUCUUGGCUCUUGUGUGUGCGUGCAUAAUCGAUGGGCUUAGCCGGAGCGAUAGAUUCCAGCGAUAGAUUCCAUGUUUAACUCAUUCAAUGCCUGGGAAAACUGCGACUUUUCCUGUCCCGGCGAGACUGCCACAGCCGCCUCGUGCUUCUAUGGCGAGGAUCCCUUCUUUGACUGCGACCUGAAGCCCCAGUUGGCCCUCGACAAUGGCUCGGUGUACGGCUGCAUGCCGAUCAAUGAGCCCACCGUGGACUUCAGCAAUGGCAGUUUCUACAAUGCAGCAGAUCGAGCACCGAUGCAGCAGCAGCAGCUGCCCCCGCAGCGUCCAUUUGUGGGCGCCAUGCUGGGUCCAAGUGCGCCUGCACUGCGUUACCAUCCCUAUCAGCAGCAGCAAGAUGCCUUCUACCAGCAGAGCGGCAGCCUGCUGAACGUGUCCACGCCCUGCCGCGAGAGUCGCCCCUGGAGCUAUGCCCACUGCUAUGGCUACACGCCCACAAACACCCAGCCCUGCCAGUUCUCGCAGUUUGUGGAUAUCGAGGAUUUUAUGAACAAUGAGAAGCGCAAGGAGAAAUCCCGCGAUGCGGCACGUUGUCGCCGCUCCAAGGAGACGGAAAUCUUUAUGGAACUCUCGCAGGUGCUGCCCCUGAAGAACGACGAUGUGAAUCAGCUGGACAAGGCAUCCGUGAUGCGCAUCACAAUUGCUUUUCUCAAGAUACGUGAAAUGUUGCAGUUUGUGCCUGCUUUGCGCGAUUGCAAGGAUAAUCAAAAGGACAUCAAGCAGGAUAUUGAUGAGUUGAAGCCCAAGCUGGAGCUGAACAGCGAGGAGUGGCUCAAUGGCACCGCCGAAGCCAGCCAGCUGCUAAAGGAGACCAUGGACGGGUUUCUGCUGGUACUGUCCCACGAGGGCGACAUUACCUACGUCUCCGAGAACGUAGUCGAGUACUUGGGCAUCACAAAGAUUGACACUCUGGGCCAGCCCAUCUGGGAGUACGCGCAUCAGUGCGAUCAUGCGGAAAUCAAGGAGGCUCUCAACCAGAAGCGUCCCGGCACUGCACCAGUGAAGGAUGAGCAGCAGCUCGAGUCUGGCGUGAGCACCCAUCAUCGGGAUCUGUUUGUGCGCUUGAAGUGCACUUUGACCAACCGCGGACGCAGCAUCAACAUCAAGAGUGCCCUCUACAAGGUCAUACACAUCACGGGACACUUGGUGGUCAAUGGCAAGGGCGAGCGUGUGCUCAUAGCCAUUGGGCGACCCAUACCGAACCCCGCGAACAUUGAGAUACCGCUGGGCACCAGCACCUUUCUCACUAAGCACUCUCUGGACAUGCGUUUCACCUAUGUGGAUGAUAAAAUGCUUGGUUUGCUCGGCUAUGCGCCCAAUGAUCUUUUGGACACUUCGCUGUUUGGCUGCCAGCAUGGCGCAGACUCGGAACGCCUCAUGGCCACCUUCAAGAGCGUGAUCAGCAAGGGGCAGGGUGAAACCUGUCGUUACCGCUUUCUGGGAAAAUGCGGCGGCUAUUGCUGGAUCGUCAGUCAGGCGACAAUUGUCUAUGACAAGCAAAAGCCACAGAGCGUUGUAUGCGUGAACUACGUCAUAAGUAAUCUUGAGAACAAACAUGAGAUUUACUCACUUGCUCAGCAAACGGCGGCAAGCGAGCAAAAGGAACAGCAACAAACAGCAACUGACAUCGAGAACAACAACAAAAACAACACAGAAACAACAACCACAACAACACAGGAGGAAACACCAGCUAAGACAAACGCAACUCCAAUAGAGCUUGAGGAGAAACCCCAAGCCCCAAUUGAGAGCAAGGAGCCAGUUUCGGAAAUCAACAACAAUCCAGAGCCGGAGAAAACUCCAAUUGCAACGGAAAUUACUGCUGCUGCUGCAACCAACAACAACCCACCGACAAUCACAACUGAAACAACAACAGCCAAACCACCCAACAAUCAACAGCAACAACAACAACAACAACAACAACAACAACAACUGCAGCAGGCAGAACUCCAUAUCAAGCGGGAGAAUCACUCGCCGGGUCCGCGCACCAUCACAGCACAGCUGAUCAGCACCGCCACCGCCAACAGUGGCAACAGCCUGCGACUCGAGGAGAAGCGCCCCAAGUCGGUGACCGCUUCGGUGUUCCGGCCCAGUCCGGCGCCACCUUUAACUGCAACACCCACAACAGCCCCAGCAGCGGGACUUGGAUUCAAGAAAACAACAGAACCAACACUGCCCCCGACAACGACAGCAACGGCAGCGAUUCUCUCGUCGAGCAAUCAGCAGCAGAAUCCACAGCAGAAUCUGCAAGCGACUCAAGAUAUGAGUAAGGGAUUCCUAUCAUUCGUCGACGAUGGACGAGGCCUAACAAUGCUCAAGGAGGAACCCGACGAUUUGUCGCAUCAUUUGGCCUCGACCAACUGCAUACAGCUGGACGAGAUGACACCCUUCAGCGACAUGCUGGUGGGCCUCAUGAGCUCCUGCCUGCUGCCGGACGAAAUCAACUCCCUGGACUCGACCACCUGCUCGACAACGGCCAGCGUGGCGCCCCACUACCAGAGCAGCAGCAGCCACAGCCACAGCCACAGUGGCAGCCACAGCGGCAGCCAAAGCAGCAGCUACGCCAGCAGUCCCCUCAGCCCGCUCACGCCCACAGGUGUGGUGACCACAGCAGGAGGAGCCGGAGGAGGAGCUUCGAAUGGCAGCAGCACUCCGAGCAAUCACAGCAGCAGCAACCAGCAGCAGCACCAGCAGCAACAUCAGCACCAGCAUCACGACAACAGCAACAGCAACAGCAACAGCAGCAGCAGCAACAUCGAUCCGUUGUUCAAUUACCGCGAGGAGUCGAACGACACGAGCUGCUCCCAGCAUCUGCAUUCGCCCAGCAUCACAUCGAAGGUGACGAACGUCUCAGGGCUCCUGUCGUCGGACGGUAGCGAUACGUCGGGGUCAAGCGACUGGGUCCUCCUACUUAAGAGCAAGCACCUGAAACUCUACGCACGGGGUAUGUAGGGGUACCCGCUACUGUACGGCGACGAGACGGAGACAGACUUGAUGUGGUGUCCGCCGGAGGAUCUGCAUGGAUCCAUGCCCAAGGAGAUUGAUGCCAUACAGCAGCAGUUGCAGCAGCUACAACAGCAGCAGCAUCAUCACCAGCAGCAGCAGGCUUACAGCCAGUACAACCAGCAGCAGCAGCAGCAGCAGCAGCAGCAGCAUUUCUCCAACUCCCUGUGCUCGUCACCCGCUUCGACAGUGUCCUCGCUGUCACCAUCGCCAGUGCAGCAGCAACAGCAGCAGCAGCAGCAGCAGACCGGAGGAGUCUUCACCACCGACUCGAGUGAACUGGCAGCGCUGCUCUGUGGCUCGGGCAAUGGAACGCUCUCCAUACUGGGCGAGAGUGGAGCCAACGCCGCGGAAGAGCGUCUUCAGCAGCAGCAGGCCAGCAGCGACUUUCGCAGUUUCCAGCAAUUGCAGCAGGAGUUGCAGCUGCAGGAGGAGCAGCAGCAGCAGCAGCAGCAGCAGCAGCAGCAACUGAUAAGCCUCAGCAUCGAGUGCAAAAAGGAGAAAUACGAAGUGCCAAUGGCACCCAGCUUGAGUCAUUCCAUUGAGGAUGCAUUUGAGAAUGACUACAGCAAGGAUUCUUCCAAUCUGGACUGCUGGGAUCUGCUGCAGAUGAAUGUGGCGGAGGCUGCCGUUAGUCCGGCUGCCUCGCCCUCACCCUGCAAGGUGGCCUCACCCAUCCAGCUGCUGCAACACCAACAGCAGCACCUGCAGCAGCAGCAGCAGCAGCAACAGCAGAACAUCAUCCUGAAUGCUGUGCCCUUGAUAACCAUUCAGAACAACAAGAGCAUCCUGCAGCAACAGCAGCAGCAGCAGCAGGAGCAGCUGCAGGAGCUAAUGCUGAGCAGCAAGCAGCAGGCGCCAGUGGCCACCAUGAAGCUGCUGAAUGGAGCGAGCAUUGCGCCAGUGACCACCAAGGCAACCAUACGCCUGGUGGAGAGCAAGCCGCAACAGACAACGACACAGCAGCAGCAGCAGCAGCAGCAGCAGGUGCAGCAGAGACUCGGAAAGGCAACCAUGCUGCAGACACUCGUGCCCCAGCAGCAGCAACACGGAAACAAGCGACACCUCAACAGUCAGACGAGCCAGGGAAACCCGGUGGAAUCGAAGCGCUUGAAGAGCGGCACCCUCUGCCUGGAUGUGCAGUCACCGCAGCUGCUGCAGCAGCUGAUCGGCAAGGACUCGACCCAGCAGCAGACACUCGCGGCCAAGAGGGCGGCCAGCGAGCGCUGGCAACAGACGGCGGAGGGCAAGCAGCAGCAGAAGCUCCAGCAGCAGCAGCAGCAGCAGCAGCAGCAGCAAUCGAACUCGGUGCUGAAGAAUCUACUCGUCAGCGGACGUGAUGUGAACCAAUCCGAAGAUGUAUCCGAACCGAUGAUUAUAGAUGACAAUUGCCUGGAUCAAACUGCACCAAAGUCGGGCUACGGCAAGUACGGCUUGCCGCUGCACUGCCACACCUCGACAUUGGCUGUGCUGCGUGAUUAUCAUCACAAUCCGCUGAUUAGCGGCACCAACUUCCAGCUGUCGCCAGUCUUCAGUGGCUCUGAUGCCGGCGGUGGUGAGGGCGAUGCCGGGUCAGUGGUCUCCCUGGACGACUCGGUGCCCCCGGGCCUCACAGCCUGCGACACAGAUGCCUCCAGCGACAGUGGCAUCGAUGAGAACAGCCUCGUUGAGGGUGCUUCUGUGUCGCCACGCAAGCGGCUGCACGUCAGCCAUAGCGAGGAGUCUGCUCCGCCGCCUCUCGAUGUGUUGCCACAGCAGCAGCAGCAGCAGCAACAACAGGUGCUGGGUGAGGAGGAGGUCGAAGGAUGCCCCACCACCCACAGCAGGAAGACAUCGAUAUCGUUUCUGGACAACAGCAAUCCCCUGCUGCACACCCCAGCCAUGAUGGACCUCUGCAACGACGACUACAUCAUGAGCGAGGGCGGCUUCGAGUUCAGCGAGAAUCAGUUGGAGCAGGUGCUCGGCUGGUCGGAGAUCGCUUAGGAAGCGGAAUUGGCGAUUGUAACUGUGUGCAUGUGCGUCCAAAUUGUUGAAAUUACAGUGAAGAAUCAAAGAGGUAGCCAACCCUGAGCAUCCCCACCACAACCCACCCGAGAACGGAGCCCAAACAUAAACCCUUAACCAUAUUUGAAUAGUUUUGUAGCCACGUUAACUGCCUAGAACGGAAGAAAAUAUGUA